AGCGCUCGGCUGUCCUGUUCUCAGCUUGUUCGUCGCCGCACGCAUGCGUCGCCGCUGGGGUUUCUGUCCGCCUUUCUGGAGUAUAGUAGUGCGUGCAGUUGCAUGCUGUUCUCGUGUGAUUUCGUCGGUGGGUUGGUGUGCGUCUGGUUUAGUGGUUUGGACACUCCUGGCUUGCGGUUUUUUCGGUGGAUUCGGUUUCCUCGCGAAUGUGGUGCGCGCUUCUGCUGCCUGACGCCGCCGAUGAUGGUUCGCCGAGGCGAGCGGCCGUGGAUCAGCUGGAAUUUCACUCUCCCUUUUCUUCGUUUUUUUUCUGGAGUUGCGAUCGCUGACGACGAUCGAGUGCGCGCGCGUUUGUGUUCCGCUCUUCCACGCUGUGAUCCCGAGGGGGCUCAGCGGGAUUUGAGGUUUUCUAGGGGGGCUCUCCUGCGAUUCUGCUCGGGUUCUUCGCUCGCGGGGGUUUUUUUUUCUCGCCGCGGCCGUGUGUUUCCUAGCUCGCAGCAUGUAGCGCGAGCGCCUGGAGGUUUCCGCUAGGAAUUCCGGCCAUUUCGCUGAGUUUUCUCUGCUGCUCCUCUCGAUUUUGUGCUUCUUCGACCCGCGCCGCGGCUCAUCCCGGCGGAUAGAUAGAUUCUACCGGUUGUGGUUUGAUGGUUUGUUGCUUUUAGGGUUUCGUUUGGCCUCGGCGUUUUACCGUCCUUUUGGCAUCGGAAGGUGGUUGGAGCUCAGCUCGUCUACAUCGCGGCCUUUUCCUGUGACGUUUGGUUUGGUUUUGAUCGAAACCUCGUCGUCGCCAUUGCUCUGAUUGCUUGCCUUUUCCUGUGCCGCGGUUUACACCGAUCGAUUUCGGUGGUGCUGGGUUGCUUUUGCGGCCGUGUUGACGGAGAGGAUUAAGUUUCAGCUCAAUAAUGUGGGAGCUUCAGCAGCACCGGGCAGAUGAAUUUUCUGCUCUGAUCGCCCUCUCCAUGUGCAGCCCCUCCCAUCGCAUUCUAUUUCUAGCUUUACUUUUGGGUUUGGGUUUUGGGGUUUUCCAUGGCUUGCUGAGUUUUUACUAGGCAGGUUCACGCGCUAAUGACGUUUCAGUGCGGUUCGAUGCGAUCCCACCAUCAUCCAUGCUAUUUAUGGGAUUCCUUCGGUGGUUGGGACGUUUCGUAUGCUUCCCCGUUCAGAAGAUUGCUGCCUACUACUAUUUCCUAGGUGAUGGAUUCAGAUGAAGAAAAAUCUUUGGAACAAAUCUCUUGCGUGGCUGGGUCGUAGCUUCGUAUCUGGUACCAGUCCGUGUCGCGUCAUUCGCAUCAACGUACGUAGACCUGACCAGUGACCAUCUAUCUAUUGCUGAUGUGACCGAGCUCUAUGUGGUGUCCUUGUGAUUUGACCAUGGUCUACAGGCUUUGGUGUGAAAGUCUUGUCUCUUCUGCUUGUACACAUGGGGUCGUCAAAUGGUUACCUAGCAAAGCAUUCCGUUUUUGUGUCUAUGGAGCAGCUUGACUGGCUGCAUUUUUGUUUUUUCUCGUGAGAUUUCGGAUUCUUUUUUUUUUCAGUUCCGUGCUGUGCUUGAAGUUGAGUAAUUUUGGAUGUUCGUUUUUAACCUUUUUCGUCAGUUGUUUGGGUAGUGCAGUAAAGCAGUAGCAAUUUUUCUCAUUCUCCGCAAGGUGACUGAUGCAUUUAUCGGAUUCCAUUCUGACUUGUCUUUAUAGUGGCAACCCAAGGAUAGCAUGCAAACUUAAAUUUUGUUUACAGAUUCCACUCUGGCCUAUUUUUAGCUUGCUGUUUUCAGACCGUGUGCUUUUUAUUGCCACUGUUCAUAGAAUGAUGUGAAGUUGAAGUUUCGAUCAUGAGUUGCCUCGGGAACUCAAGUGAAGAAACAAGCGGGGCCGGAACCAGGGCCAGCAUGGAGCGCGUAAAGCACGAGAACUUUUGCCGUGCCGUCGCAGAGGACAACACAGCGCUCCUCCUCUCAGCAGUGGGAAACUUCAGGAAGGAGGCCCUGUGCCGCAUCCGCAAGGGCUCCGACGCCUCGAGGGUGCUGGACCAGGAGAUGUCCGUCAGGCUACUCCACCUCGCUUGCAAGCACGACGCAGUAGAGUGCGCGACGCUGCUCCUAGAGGGCGGCAGCGGGAUCACGGCGGCCCCCAUUGAUGCAAGGGACCAGCUCACGCGGACGCCGCUGCACGUCGCAGCUGAGACCCACUCGGCCAGGUGCAUAGAGCUGCUACUCUCCAAGAACGCCCGUACUGAUCUCAGGGUGGUUGACGGGAGACCACUUCUCCCGCUUGAGAUCGCGCUAAUGAGCAGGAGAGUUCAAACUAACUGGUCCGUGGACAACCCAAUUGAGGAUCUUCUGUCUUUUCUUAAACAAAGGGAUCUCAAUGCAGUAAGGCUCCUGGCAGAGAAAACCAGAGUGGUUGGGGAGCUUGCUUACAGAUACGCCAUGGAAGGAUGUGUCCCUGCAUUGACAAUGCUGCUUCUGGUGGUUGAAGAGAAGAUAUCGUCACAGGUUAGUGUGGUUAUAGAGGGUGUCAGAACGAAGCGUUCAAUCUACAACUCCAUUGUGGACGAGGCUUUAUCAACGGGAGAUACUUCAGCUCGUGAUGGACAUGAAAGGAGAAAGGCCCUGCUCUGUGAGAUUCAGCUGCUUAACCAAUUUGGAUCGGCAUCAUGGAGGGACCACAAUGACAAGAGAACACUACCCCCUCUACUGAGAGCUGCUAAGGUUGGAGAUAUGAAUGUUAUAAAGAUGCUCCUGAUGGGUAAUGUUGAUGUCAAUGAAGCCGACUCUGAAGGAAACACAGCACUUCACUGGUGCCUUAGUGGUGCUUCAUGUACCAAGGAACCAAGGAUUGUGUGGCUUCUGCUCAAGAAUGGCGCAAGAGUUUUCCAGGGGAACAAAUUAGGGCUCACACCAGUACACAGCGCUGCAGCUAAGGGCAAUUACAAAGCUCUUCAGUCACUUCUGCUUCAUGCCCAAGAUUGUGUUGAUAUACCUACCAAGACCAAAGAAACGCCAUUAUUUUUUGCAGUGAAGAAUGGUUCUGUGGAUUGUGCAAAACUUCUUUUGCGUUUCGGGGCUGAUACCAAAGCCCGGAACCUGAGAAAGCAAAGACCUAUUGAUGUGGCAACAUCCCAGGACAUGCGUUUCAUCCUUAGCUCUGCGAAUGUGUUACUAUUUUCAGGGAACCAUAACUCACCUCAAAAGAAUCGUGUGAUGAGAAAGGAAAUUUACAAAGAGCUUGGUGAUGAAUUUGACGAUUUUGACAAGGAUUCCUGUGAUGAAAGCUACACUGGGCUUAAGACAUCAGUAGGGCAACGUGAUUUCUGCUCCAGUAAUCUUUCUGCACAAGGGCCUAAGAGUAAGAGCCAAUAUGUUCCAAAACAAGCACAAGGUUCAAAGUUUGUGCCUCGGAAUAAUCAUUGGCCGAAGCAUGAUUACACUCGCAAAAUUUUUGUUGGAGGACUCCCACCUUCAGUAGACUCAGAAUACCUUAUUGAAUUCUUCAAUGCUGAGUUUGGUCCUGUGGAGGAAGCAGUAGUCAUCGGCAUACCAAUUGGCAACCGAGUUCAGUCCCGAGGUUUUGGCUUUGUAAAAUUUGAGAGAGAAGAGGAUAUGAUAAGUGCAAAGGAAGCUCAUCAUGUUUACAUGCUUGGGAAGAGAGUGGAGGUAAAGGAUGCUGUUGCUAGAGCAUACUUGCCUUUAGAAGACCAAAGAUAUACUUCUUUGAGGCAAUUCAUCAAGGAGCGGCCAAAGAUCCACAGGGUGCUGGAUGGUGAACUGACUGAGGAACACAACAUCCAGAAGCGGCGACCAUUGCCAGAAAAGUGUCUUCCAUCCUGGUUCUUUAUAUUCAGGAAGUGGUUACCUGGAUUUCUUGAAGAUGAAACAGCACGACUUAGAGGAGAGAGGUAUCCGUUGAGCUCCCUGAAGGGUGAUUUCAGAGCGACUUGCAGGAUGGAGCUUGAUCACACCGCACUUGGUUAUCCUAAGCUAAGUGACUUUAUCCGCUCCCUCCCUGGCAUCUGCAGAAUGUGUGUAGUUCCUGUUGGAAGUGGACCUGCAACGCACAUGGUCCUCCUUCCACCGCUCUCACGACCGAAGUAUGUACCCCUGCUAGAGCCUUGUUCCUUUGAUCAUGACGAGCUUGCAGAAUCAGUAUCAGAUCAGCACUCCCCACGAUCACCACUUAACACUAACAUCGCGGAUGACUCCCCACGUAACACUGACAGCCAGCAGGGUGAUGAUGCAUGCAGUGAGACCAAUGUUCAGAUCCAGCAAGUUGAUGAUGCAUGCAGUGAGACUUGUGUUCAGAGUCAGCAUGACUAUGGGAAAAGCCAGCAGGAUGGAAGUUCCUCCGACAAUGGUAGCUUACUGGACGAUAUUCCUGCCAGUACUACAAAGCUUGAUCUGAUUGAGUCUGUAACUUCAGUAAAGCCUGCUUUGAUUGAACCUGUACUUCCAAGAAAGCCUGAUCUAAUUGACUCUGUACCUCCAAGCAAGCCUGAUUUGGUUGAGUGUGUACCUCCAAGGCCCAAAUUGAUUGAGUCCGGGUUUCUUCCUCAAAAGAAUGAAUCCGGGCCUGUACAGAAGCCUAAUUUGCUUGGUUUUGGACCUUCAAGAAAUCUUGAGUUGAUUGAGUCCAGGCCUUCAGCAUGCUUCAUUGAUAGUCCUUUUGAAAGGACAGCAGUUACUCCUAGCAGCUGCGAAGGUGAAAUGAGAUUCUCUUUCUUCCAGUCUCAGUGGGACAAGUACCUGGCACCAUAUCCCAGGAGUGACUCCUGCAUCAUAUGUCGAUCUUGUGAAGCUGGGAUGCAACUUGUUCCCUGCUUUCAUAAGAUAUGUGUUGCGUGCAUGAUGAGGUGCAAUGUCAGAGCAUGUAUGGUUUGUGGCACUUCUGUAAGUGGAGUUAAGUCAUCCCCUGCAGUGGAUGCGACAUACAGAUACAUGGGACUCACCGAGCGUGUUUUAGAUCUGAGAUGCCAGUUGAUGGUGGUCUGCCGUGGAGCUGAGGCAAUAGUCAGAUGCUCACCAUGUAUGCACACCAUCGCUUGCCGGGGUUGCUUCCUUGCCUCAGUGACACUACUGAAAUCCUGCACCACCUGUGGCUGCAUGGUUGAACACUUCAAGAUCGUUUGACAAGACUUAUCUCCCAAUACACAGUAGUAUUACUAAGCAAUCUAAGGUAUAGAAUAAAGCAAGCAGUCCUACGACCUGAAGGGGAGAUCUGAUUACUCUCGUUCGGUUUUGCCACACUUGUGGGAUGCGCUAACAGGCUAUUUUGGUAGUGGUAUAGGCACCCUCGCUCUUGUGAGCCUGAGGUGCUCUCUUUUGCUCCCUUUCUGUUCUUCCGUAGAAACACUUUUUCAGUAUCAGACAUGCUCGAUUUAUAUGCUAUUGCUAUUUCUGCUUCUAUGAGCUUGUUAUGGUAUGGCACUAGCAAGUUCUCGGUAAUCUUCCAUGUAAAACCCCUCAUCUCUGUUAUAUGGCACUUUUUCUAUGUAAACCUGUGUAAGUACUACUAGUAUCAAAAAUGGAUCUUUUAUGCAUCACCUCUGGGGUUGCAGUGCU